GCCAAGUUGAUGAUCCGUUUGAGUAGGUAUCGCUACUUCUCCUACCGAAUCGUGUGGACCAAUGACGCUAUGGAGCUUGCGCGCUCCUGUCCUGCAUGGGUUGGAGCGGCAGGUCCACAUGGGGUGAUGCCUUUUGCGAACGUGCUGUCGAUACCCGCGAUCAAUUCGUUCGUCGGCAGAAAGUUCAAGGGGGCGACUGCGAGUGUUCUUAAGCGAGUGCCGUUCCUAAGGCUUCUUUACUUGUUUGGUUGUGUUGAUGUAUCGAGCAAGACUCUUACAAAGACACUAAAAGAGGGAUAUUGUGUGGGUCUAGUUUCAGAUGGGAUCGCGGGCAUUUUCAAGUGCAGCAAGAAUGAGGAGACUUUGUAUCUAGCCAACAGAAAGUCACUAGCGAAGUUUUGCCUUAAGAAUGGAUGCCCCUUGAUUCCUGCAUUCUCCGUGGGAAACUCGGAGGCGUUCAGUCUGUGGUUUGACAGCUUCGGGAUCCUGGAAUGGUUGUCGCGCAAGGCACAAACAGCUGUGUUUGUCUUCUGGGGCCGCUUCUUCCUCCCCAUCCCGCGGAGAGUGAACAUUACUCUUCUCUUCGGCUCGCCCAUCAUGGUCGAGAGGAAGGAGCAUCCAACCCAGGAGGACAUUGAUGAGCUUCACAACCGGCUCUUGGCUGCCACCAAGACCAUGUACGAUGCGCACAAGCACAAGGUUGGCAAGGGUCACAAGGAGCUAAAGAUAAUUUGAUUGCCUUCCGAGUAAAUUUUGUUGAUGU